AUGGUGGGCUUCGUGUCCGCGCUCGCCGUCGAGGCCACCCGCGGCGACGGCCUCCUCUCGCAGGCCGGCAACGGCGCGGGGCUCGCGUGGUUCGCGUACACCGCCGCCGUCCUCUCCGCCGCGUCGCUGGCGCCGAUGCUCCAGGGGGAGAGCGCCGAGAGCAGGAGCGGCGGGGUCAUGACCGCCGAUGCCGAGCUCUGGAACGGACGCCUCGCUAUGAUUGGACUCGUCGCGCUCGCCGUCACCGAGUACCUUACCGGCGCGCCCUUCGUCAACGUGUAA